AUGGCUUCAUCCUUGAUGCGACUUAUCAACCGCUUGCUACCAUUUGCAACGCCGGGAACGCCUUUGGUACAGGAUCUGGUCCACCUCGGAGUCAUUUGCGUGCUGUUGUACUUUGCGCCACAAAUUCAGGAAUACAUUCAGCAGAGGAGAGAAAGCCAACUUGGAAAUGCUCAAGCGGUGCCAGCCGUUGUUCGAGAUACCCCAGAAACUCAUCAUGAAGAGCAACAUGUCGACAACCAGCAGCAUGACAAUGCCGAAGUCGGUGGCGAGGACGUCGAGCAAGACCCGCUCCCUGCGAACGACAGGCCCGGGAAUGCGGACUUCCAAGCAUUCCAGCGCGAUCAGAUCAACGACGCAAAUGGCGCCGGGCCUGCGAACGCUGAAGCUGACGGUAUGCCCACCCAGAGAAAUGUAGGGGCGAAGAAGGCCAAGUCCCUCGCACGCCGAGAUCAGCGCAGGGCGUAUCAUGAGUUUCAGAGAGCCCAAGGCGAAGCACAACGAGCGAAGGAUGCUGAAGGCGCUUCUGAGAGGGAGGCUGCUCAAGCUGCUGAGCGGGAGAGAAGGAGAGCUGUUGAGGCUGAGCUUGAGGCGAAGAAGGCUAAGGAGAGGGAGAAGAAGAGGGAGCAAGAGAGGAGGGAUAGAGAGGAGGAGCAGGCGAGGCGUGAGAGGACCGUCAAUGUCGUGAGGAGGGGUCUUGCGGAGAAUAGGAUGUGCAACAUCUUUGACGUCAUCAAAGAGGUCGGCGGUGCUGAAAUCGAUGAGCUCUGGGUGGAAAGAAUCUUGAACGCGAACGGGAUGCUUGGGAAGAAAGAGGACGGUAGUUUUACGAUGGUCACAGGGACAGGAUGGAUCGUCAAAGUGUCAAGCGAAGAGAUGCGCAAGACGUAUGAAAGAUCGGUUGAGGACGGGCUCGGAGAUGAGGACGGAAAGAUUGGAUUCGAGGAGCUUGGUACCGUGUUGGAGCAGGUUCUAAAGACUGGGCAGACCGUUGCGGCACAUUGA